AUGACCAAUCGACUGUAUACAUCUCGGGAUGUUGCUUCAAGAUUUGAGAGCGUAGUUCGUGGCGAAAGUGGAUUCGAAAUCAAGAACUUGCAAGCAGACAAUGUUGCCUUCAAGAAACAUUUUUUUGGCGCCCGUACGAAUAUCAUUAUCGGUAAAGACGGUUGCGUUGUCUUGCAAAGAUAUGUGUUUGUUCGAGCAAAUACUUCUACUUCUUCCUGGCUCCCUGGAAUCUUAACAGAUAUCCAUACCAAUCCAUUUAUACUCUCAGCUGAGGCAAUCCUUGUUGAUGACUCUUUCAAAUGUAAGGAGGUUAUGGACUUUGGCUUUGUUUUUGGUGAAGAUAGAUCUAUAACUAUAAUUAGUUUUUCAAAGUUUGGCACUUACUGGUCAUUGAUUUCCGAUUACCAAUAUUUGUUCACUAAAUAA